UUCUGAACUUUCCGUUACGAGGACACGCUCUAAAACGCAAAGAAUAAGCAACGAAUAAAUAAAAAAAUAAAAAUCAAAUUUUCUUCUUCACUCUGUUUGGUUUAGAUUUUGACGCGGAUCAUGGAGGUAGAGAACAGCAAAAGGAAAGAUUUAGAUCUGAAGCACUUGGGGUUUGUGAGGAUAGCUGCGAUUCAGGUUGUGGUUUGCGUUUCCAAUCUUUACGAUUAUGCGAAACGCAACUCUGGGCCUUUGAGAUCUGCUGUUGGAACUGUUGAGGGUACUGUUAAUGCUGUGGUGGGUCCUGUUUAUGAGAAAUUCAAGGGCGUCCCCGAUCAUCUUCUUGUCUUUCUUGAUCACAAGGUAGAUGAAGCAACAAUCAAGUUUGAUAAGCGUGCUCCUCCUGUUGCUAAGCAAGUUGUGAGCCAAGCACGCUAUUUGAUCGAGAAAGCGUCGGAAAAGGCCAAAGUGCUUGCGAACGAAUUUCAAGCUGGAGGACCACGUGCAGCUGUGCAUUAUGUAUCUACAGAGUCCAAGCAUUUAUUCCUCACUGAAUCUGUGAAGGUAUGGGUUAAACUCGACCAGUAUCCUUCGGUCCACAAAGUUGCAGAGGUGGCUGUUCCCACAGCCGCGCAUUGGUCAGAGAAGUACAACCAUUUCGUUAAGGAGAUGAGCCAGAAGGGUUAUGUAGUGUUUGGUUACCUGCCUGUGGUUCCAGUCGAUGAGAUCUCCAACGCAUUCAAGCAAGGUGAACCAGAGAAGAAAGAAGAUGCAACUGCACAUAAAGAUUCGGAUUCGUCAGACUCCGAUUAAAAAAAUUGCAUCGAGAGUAAGGGUAUCCUUAGCCUAGUAGUAUGGGUGUUGAAAAUCUCAAUAGGGUUUGUGGGUGUUGAAAUCUCAAUAGGGUUUGUGGGUGUUGGGAGCAUCUUUUGCCUAUGUUGAAAUGUGAACUGCAUGCCAAUAUGUAAAUGAAACUCGGUUGAUCCUUUCUUUGUAUCAAUGGAUGUGAAUGUUUUGUAA